UUUACUCCGUGCACGAGCCGAAUGGCGGACCGCGAGGCGUCGCCGGUACCGUUGGAGAUCCGAGCCCGGCUGGCGGAGCUGGAGCUGGAGCUGUCAGAGGGCGACAUCACUCAGAAGGGUUAUGAGAAGAAGAGGUCCAAACUGAUCAGGGCUUUUGUUCCACAUGCGAGAGGUAUGGAGGGGCCCAUGUCUCAUCGGGCCCCACUCGGCCCCCCCUCUGCGGCCCGUUUCCACCGGCGGCGAACCUCCGGCACCAGAGACGAGCGCUACCGAUCAGACGUCCACAGCGAGGCGGUGCAGGCCGUGCUGGCGCGCCACGUGGAGCGCAAGGUGGCGGUGCCGAUGCCUUCCAAGAGGCGCUCGCUGGUGGUGCAGACCUCCAUGGACGCAUACACGCCUCCAGGCCUCUCGCCCCUGUGCUCAGACUCCUCGUCGGGCUCGGAGGAGGAGGCGGGGCCCGGUGACGACAUGUCCGGCAUGGAGCACUGGAUGAGCCGCCCGUCCCACCUGGGCCCCGCCCACCUGGGCUCCACCUCCUCCUCGUCCUCGUCCACUCAGAGCGGCGGCAGCGGCAACGCGGGGCGGCUGGCCGACUCGCUGGCGCACACGCACAUGUGUCUCUCUCCAGGUAUCGGCCACCUGUCCCUGAAGAGGAAGGGAGCGUUGAGCGUCGCGGAGAACGGAGGGUCUCUGCGGCGCUCCUGUGAGUUUGGGUCCGACAUGCUGUGGCCUCCGCCGCUGGAGUCGGACGAGAACCACUCGGCCCCUCCGGACGUGACGGGCUACUCGUCAGACUCCUCCCACUCGCGCCCCGAGCGCCACCGCAUGGCCAACAUGGGCACCAUCGCCAGGAACACGCAGAAGUACGGCAACGCCGAGCGCAUGGAGACGGGCGACGGUGUUCCAGUCAGCAGUCGCGUGUCAGCUAAAAUCCAGCAGCUUGUGAACACGCUGAAGCAGCCGCGCAGACCUCCGCUGAGGGAGUUCUUUGUCGAUGACUUUGAUGAACUUCUGGAGGUCCAGCAGCCGGACCCCAACCAGCCGCGGCCGGAGGGGGCGGAGAUGAUGCCGGUCCGCGGCGAGGCGCUGGGCGUGGUCACCAACUGGCCUCCGUCCCUGGAGGCGGCGCUGCAGCGCUGGGGGACCAUCUCCCCGAAAGCCCCCUGCCUCACCAGCCUGGACACGGCGGGGAAGCCCCUCUACGUCCUCACAUACGGAAAGCUGUGGUCUCGCAGCAUCAAACUUGCGUACAAUAUCCUCCACAAACUGGGCAGCAAACAGGAGCCAAUGGUCCGGCCGGGUGAUCGGGUGGCGUUGGUGUUUCCUAACAACGACCCCGUGGCCUUCAUGGUGGCCUUCUACGGCUGUCUGCUGGCUGAGGUGGUCCCUGUUCCCAUAGAGGUCCCCCUAAGUCGCAAGGAUGCCGGCAGUCAGCAGAUUGGGUUCCUGCUGGGCAGCUGUGGCGUCACCGUGGCGCUGACCAGUGACGCCUGUCACAAGGGACUUCCCAAGAGCGCCACAGGAGAGAUCCCUCAGUUCAAAGGUUGGCCCAAGCUGCUGUGGUACGUGACGGAGUCUAAGCAUCUCUCCAAACCCCCCAGAGACUGGUUCCCCCACAUCAAAGAUGCCAACAACGACACAGCGUACAUAGAGUAUAAAACCUGUAAGGACGGCAGCGUGUUGGGAGUCACGGUGACGAGGAUCGCUCUGCUCACACACUGCCAGGCUCUCACCCAGAGCUGCAGCUACACCGAGGCGGAAACCAUUGUGAACGUUCUGGACUUCAAGAAGGACGUGGGCCUGUGGAACGGCAUCCUGACGAGUGUGAUGAACAUGAUGCACGUGAUCAGUGUGCCCUACUCGCUGAUGAAGGUCAACCCUCUGUCGUGGAUCCAGAAGGUCUGCCAGUACAAAGCCAAGGUGGGCUGUGUGAAGUCCAGGGACAUGCACUGGGCUCUGGUGGCCCACAAGGACCAGAAGGACAUCAACCUGAGCUCGCUGCGCAUGCUGCUGGUGGCCGACGGCUCAAACCCCUGGUCCAUCUCCUCCUGCGACGCCUUCCUCAACGUCUUCCAGACCAAAGGGCUGCGAGCAGACGUCAUCUGUCCCUGUGCCAGCUCGCCGGAGGCCCUGACCGUGGCCAUCAGGAGGCCGGUGGAGGACAGCAGCCAGCCUCCGGGUCGAGGCGUCCUGUCCAUGCAGGGUCUGACCUACGGGGUCGUCAGGGUGGACACGGAGGAACGGCUCUCAGUGCUCACGGUGCAGGACGUCGGCACCGUCGCACCUGGAGGCCUGGUGUGUGUGGUGAAACCAGAAGGCGUCCCUCAGCUCUGUCAGACCGAUGAGAUCGGAGAGUUCUGCGUCUGCUCCAUCGCCACCGGAACCUCCUACUACGGCCUCACCGGCAUGACCAAGAACACCUUCGAGGUCUACCCGGUGAGCUCCAGCGGCGGUCUGGUCAGCGAGUACGCCUUUGUGCGGACCGGCCUGCUGGGCUUCAUCGGCCCCGGCGGCCUCGUCUUCAUCACAGGGAAGAUGGACGGGCUCAUCAUGGUGAGCGGGCGGCGGCACAACGCCGACGACAUCGUUGCCACGGCGCUGGCGGUGGAGCCCAUGAAGUUCGUCUACAGGGGCAGGAUAGCGGUCUUCUCUGUGACGGUGCUGAGGGACGAGAGGAUCGUGGUGGUGGCGGAGCAGCGGCCCGACUCCACCGAGGAGGACAGCUUCCAGUGGAUGAGCCGCGUCCUGCAGGCCAUCGACAGUAUCCACGGGGUGGGCGUGUUCUGCCUGUCUCUGGUCCCGGCCAACACUCUGCCCAAGACCCCUCUGGGUGGCAUCCACCUGUCGGAGAUCAAGCAGCUGUACCUGGAGGGGGGGCUGCACCCCUGCAACGUGCUCAUGUGCCCCCACACCUGCGUCACCAACCUGCCCAAACCACGGCAGAAACAACCAGAGAUCGGACCUGCCUCUGUGAUGGUGGGGAAUCUGGUGUCGGGGAAGAGGAUCGCUCAGGCCAGCGGGAGAGAUUUGGGACAAACGGACGACAACGACCAGGUGAGAGACACAAAAAAUAAAAAAUUCCUGUUCCUGUCGGAGGUUCUGCAGUGGAGGGCUCAGACCACACCGGACCACGUCCUCUACACCCUGCUCAGCUCCCGGGGGGCGGUGUCCAGCUCCCUCACCUGUCUGCAGCUCCACAAGAGGGCGGAGCGAGUGGCGGCUCUGCUGAUGGAGAGAGCCGGUCUGCAGGAGGGAGACCACGUGGCUCUGGUCUACCCACCAGGUAUUGAUCUGAUUGCAGCCUUCUACGGCUCCCUGUACGCCGGCUGCGUUCCCAUCACGGUGCGACCGCCUCACCCUCAGAACAUCUCCACCACGCUGCCGACCGUCAAGAUGAUCGUGGAGGUCAGCCACUCGGCCUGCGUGAUGACCACGGCCGUCAUCUGCAAGCUGCUGCGCUCCAAAGAGGCCACGGCCACCGUGGACAUCAGGAACUGGCCGCCCGUCCUCGACACGGAUGACCUGCCAAAGAAGAAGCCUCCAGCUCUCUUUAAGCCCACCAACCCCGACGGUCUGGCUUAUCUGGACUUCAGCGUGUCCACGACCGGCAUGCUGGCCGGAGUUCAGAUGUCCCACAAUGCCGUUGGAGCCUUCUGCCGGUCGGUGAAGCUGCAGUGUGAGUUGUACCCGUCCAGAGAAGUGGCCAUCUGUCUGGAUCCGUACUGCGGCCUCGGCUUCGUCCUCUGGUGCCUCUGCAGCGUGUACUCGGGCCACCAGUCCAUCCUGAUCCCGCCGGUGGAGCUGGAGUCCAACCCGGCGCUGUGGCUGCUGGCCGUCAGCCAGCUGAGGGUGCGAGACACCUUCUGCUCCUACAGCGUCAUGGAGCUGUGCACCAAAGGACUCGGCCUGCAGACCGAGGCGCUCAAGGCUCGGGGUCUGGACCUGUCCCGGGUCCGGGCCUGCGUGGUGGUGGCGGAGGAGAGGCCCAGGAUGUCGCUCACGCACUCCUUCUCGAAGCUCUUCAAAGACCUCGGCCUUCACCCGAGAUCCGUCAGCACGGCCUUCGGCUGCAGAGUCAACCUGGCCAUCUGCCUCCAGGGCACGUCGGGACCGGACCCCACGACCGUGUACGUGGACAUGAGAGCUCUGCGUCACGACAGGGUUCGGCUGGUGGAGAGAGGUUCUCCUCACAGUCUGCCGUUAAUGGAGUCCGGCAAGAUCCUCCCUGGAGUUCGUGUCAUCAUCGCCAACCCAGAGACCAAAGGGCCGCUGGGAGACUCUCACCUCGGAGAGAUCUGGGUGACCAGCGCCCACAACGGCAGUGGGUACUACAGCGGCUACGGGGAGGAGGUCCUGCAGUCCGACCACUUCAACUCCAGACUGAGCUUCGGGGACACGCAGACGGUCUGGGCCCGGACCGGCUACCUGGGCUUCCUGCGGCGCACCGAGCUCACCGACGCCAACGGGGAGAGGCAUGAUGCUCUGUUCGUGGUGGGGGCUCUGGAGGAGGCCAUGGAGCUGAGGGGGAUGAGGUACCAUCCCAUCGACAUCGAGACCUCCGUCAUCCGCGCCCACAAGAGCAUCAUGGAGUGCGCCGUCUUCCCGUGGACCAACCUGCUGGUGGUGGUGGUGGAGCUGGAGGGCUCCGAGCAGGAGGCCCUGGACCUGGUUCCCAUGGUGACCAAGGCGGUGCUGGAGGAGCACUACCUGAUUGUGGGCGUCGUCGUGGUGACGGACAUCGGCGUCAUCCCGAUCAACUCCCGCGGCGAGAAGCAGCGCAUGCACCUGCGGGACGGCUUCCUGCAGGACCAGCUGGACCCCAUCUACGUGGCCUACAACAUGUAGCCUGUGUGUGUGUGUGUGUCUGUGUGUCUUUGUGUGUGUGUGUGUGUGUGUGUGUGUGUGUGUGUCUGUGUGUUGGGGAGUGAGCGAGCAUGCCGUGCAUUUCGCCGUUGUUGUUCAUUUAUUUCCCAGAAUCCAAAUGUUCUGUAUUUUUGAACCUGCGCGUGUCGUUAAGUCGUCUGUUUUCUUUAAAGUUGUGUCGAUUGAUUGAUUGAUUGAUUGAUUGAUUGAUUGAUUGAUUGCUUGCUUGCUCAGUGGUGGGAUGAUCCGUUUGAGCUCGUCGCUGUAGGAAGCCUUCGGGGAACACUGUGUUUAGGAGGUAAAAGUAGAAAAGAGAUCAAUAGAGACGGUAUCUGUCAUCAUGUUUUACUGGUCCAAUCAAAACAACAACAACAAAACAAAAAAAUAUUUAAAUUUAAAUUAGAACCGGGGCAGCCAGAUAAUUGUAAAAAAUAUAAAUAUUGUACAUAGACAUAAUAAUCUAUAUGGAGAGGUACCGAAAAC